UCACCUUGUUGUCCGUCUGUCUGUCAAGAUCCUGUAUCUUUGGAACGCGUUGUGCUAUCGAGUUGAAAUUUUAACUAUAAUAAUAUUCAAGUUUAGGUACUGUCCGUUUAUGCUGUGAAUUUUUGUGUUAUGGAAUUUAGUGUAUGAAUAAGACGUAAGAAUAAAUACAUUUAGUCAAAAGGUAAUUAUUUAAGUGGACUGAAACCAUCACGAAUUACAUUUUGCUAGAAAAAACAUAUAAAGGUAUCUUCACUGUGUCUGCGGCGCGGUGAAAUGUAUUUGUUGAAAGAGUGGAAAGAUUUAAGUAACCUUUCUGAAACCCUUGAAACCUUCUUCAUUGUUAUCUUAGAGCAGUUAAUAAUUACGAAGUGAGCCGCAGCAUCAUCACAUUAAUCAUGAGGCUGGUGUACGUCGUUGUAGUGUCGCUUCUAGUCCUAGCUGCUCCUGCAGCAACUGGCGACAGAGUGGUGGAAACAUUGGAUGGCGCUGUCCGAGGACGACUUGUAAGAGAUUUGAACGUGACUUAUUAUGCGUAUCUCGGAAUACCGUACGCGGAGGCGCCGACUGGACAGCUCCGGUUCAAACCUCCGGUGCCGAAGGAACCAUGGAAUGGCACGUUGGACGCGACGGCAUAUGGUCCCGUGUGUCCGCAAGUCGACAGGUAUCAUACGAGAAGCGAGAUGAGUGAAGACUGCCUGAGCCUGAACGUGUAUGUGCCCGCCAGGCCAGCGCUGGCCCCCACGCCGGUGCUCGUGUGGGUGCCUGGAGGGAACUUUCGGAGUUUGUCCGGAAGACCAUUCAUAUACGGACCACAGUUUUUCAUGAAAUACGGCGUCAUGUUUGUGACCAUGAAUUACAGGCUUGGAGCCUUAGGAUUCUUGUCUGUACAAACAGAGGACGCGGCUGGCAACGCGGCGUUGAAAGACAUACUAUUAGCGCUCCAGUGGGUCAAGAAACAUAUAGCUCAGUUCGGUGGUGACCCCGACAACAUAACUAUUGGGGGGGAAAGCUCCGGCGCUGUUCUAGUGCAUUACCUCACUUUAUCUGAACAGUCUACCAAUUUGUUCCACAAAGCCCACAUCAUCAGCGGAUCAGCUUUAGGCUACAGGUUUUUUAACCGACAUCCCAUAAAGACAGCUUUGGACCUUGGUAAGAAGAUGGGAUUUCAAACGGAAGACCCAAACGAGCUACUGCGAAAACUGAAAGAAGCUGAUGUAUUUGAUAUAGUCGCUGCUCAAGGAGACAAGACAAACAAGCGGAAUGGGUUCAGAACAUUCGCGCCGUUCACUCCGGUGGCAGAGACACCGUCCCCACACGCGGUCAUCACACAACAUCCGCUAGAAAUUGUCAAACAGGGGAUCCCACAAGCAGUACCCAUCAUAGCAGGUAUUACCACGCAUGAAGGUAUUAAAAUGCUACCGCAUAUACGAAGAAACCCAACACUGGCUCUACACCUAAACGAAAACUUUGAAUUGUGCAUUCCAUCCGAUAUAGAAUAUCCAUAUGGAUCCCGUGAGUCUCAAGAUUUGGCAAACUCUAUAAAACAGUUUUACUUCAACAAUGAAACCAUAUCUAAUACCACGUUGUUGAACUUUGUCAACUUGGUGACAGACACACAAGUCACCUUCCCUACCGAUAGGUGGAUUGAGAUGUAUAAGAACAUGGCCAAUAGCAAUAGGGUAUACUACUUCGUGUUUGACUUCGAUGGGGACUUGAACUGGUACAAGCUGUUUUCAAAGAUCCAGUUCCCAGGGGCGUCCCACGCAGACCCUUUGGGGUACAUGUUUGUGACAAACAUCACCAGGCCACUGCUGCCCUCUGCCGGAGCAGACAGCAAGAAAACCAUAAAGGUUAUGGUACAGUUGUGGUCUAAUUUUAUUAAAUACGGAAAUCCAACUCAACUUACUUCGCUGACAUGCAAUAUUCGAGAAGAAUGGUCUGAUUGUGGAACGCAGCGCAACUACUUGGCUCUCAACAACCGUCCCUACAUGGUGCCGGGACCACCUUUAAGGAGAAGACUGCACUUCUGGCGUCAAGUGUACGCGCAAUAUGAAAGCUACGUGGCUAGGGGAGGUAGACUGGAAGCAAAGACACCUCUUCAUUGUUAUCUUAGAGCAGUUAAUAAUUACGAAGUGAGCCGCAGGAUCAUCACAUUAAUCAUGAGGCUGGUGUACGUCGUUGUAGUGUCGGUUCUAGUUCUAGCUGCUCCUGCAGCAACUGGCGACAGAGUGGUGGAAACAUUGGAUGGCGCUGUCCGAGGACGACUUGUAAGAGAUUUGAACGUGACUUAUUAUGCGUAUCUCGGAAUACCGUACGCGGAGGCGCCGACUGGACAGCUCCGAUUUAAACCUCCACUUCCUAAGAAACCAUGGAAUGGCACAUUAGACGCUACGAAAUACGGGUUUGCGUGUCCGCAAGCCAACAGGUUUCACACGAGAAGCGAGAUGAGUGAAGACUGCCUGAGCCUGAACGUGUAUGUGCCCGCCAGGCCAGCGCUGGCCCCCACGCCGGUGCUAGUGUGGGUGCCUGGCGGUGACCUUCAGAUGUUGUCCGCAGGACCCGUUGUAUACGGACCGCUGUUUUACAUGAAAUAUGGCGUCAUGUGUGUGACCAUGAAUUACAGGCUAGGAGCCUUAGGAUUCUUGUCUGUACAAACAGAGGACGCGGCUGGCAACGCGGCGUUGAAAGACAUACUAUUAGCGCUCCAGUGGGUCAAGAAACAUAUAGCUCAGUUCGGUGGUGACCCCGACAACAUAACUAUUGGGGGGGAAAGCUCCGGCGCUGUUCUAGUGCAUUACCUCACUUUAUCUGAACAGUCUACCAAUUUGUUCCACAAAGCCCACAUCAUCAGCGGAUCGGCUUUAGGCUACAGGUUUUUCAACCGACAUCCCAUAAAGACAGCUUUGGACCUUGGUAAGAAGAUGGGAUAUCAAACGGAAGACCCAAACGAGCUACUGCGAAAACUGAAAGAAGCUGAUGUAUUUGAUAUAGUCGCUGCUCAAGGAGACAAGACAAAUAAGCGGAAUGGGUUCGCACCAUUCCAGCCGUUCACACCGGUGGCAGAGACACCGUCCCCACACGCCGUCAUCACAGAACAUCCGCUAGAAAUUGUCAAACAGGGGAUCCCACAAUCUGUACCCAUCAUAGCAGGUAUUACCACUCAUGAAGGUAUCAGAAUGUUACCGUAUAUACAGAGAAACCCAAUACUUGCCCUAAACCUAAAUGAAGACUUUGAAUUGUGCAUUCCAUCCGACAUAGAAUACCCGUAUGGGUCCCGUGAGUCUAAAGAUUUGGCCAACUCUAUAAAACAGUUUUACUUCAACAACGAAACCAUAUCGAAUGCCACGUUGUUGAACUUUGUCAACUUGGUAUCCGACACUCAGGUCACCUACUCUACCGAUAGGUGGAUUGAGAUUUAUAAGAACAUGACCAAUAGCGACAGGGUAUACUACUUCGUAUUUGACUUCGAUGGAGACUUGAACUGGUUCAAGCUGUUCUCAAAGACCCAGUUCCCAGGGGCGGCCCACGCCGACCAUUUGGGGUACAUGUUUGUGACGAACACCACCAGGCCACUGCUGCCCUCUGCCGGAGCGGAGAGCAAGGAGACCAUACAGGUUGUGCUACAGUUGUGGACUAAUUUUAUUAAAUACGGAAAUCCAACUCUACUUACUUGGCUGACAUGCAAUAUUCGGGAAGAAUGGUCAGAUUGUGGAACGCAGCGCAACUACUUGGCUCUCAACAACCGUCCCUACAUGGUGCCGGGACCACCUUUAAGGAGAAGACUGCACUUCUGGCGUCAAGUGUACGCGCAAUAUGAUAGCUACGUGGCUAGAGGAGGCAAAUUGCAAGCAAUAACACCUUAACACAUUCGAUGUUUGCUCUUUUUUAUUUUCAAUAUAAAACGAACGAAGCAACAGGAAUGCAUUAUCAAAUAAGAACGAGUGUUUCUACAUCUUAAACUUAUAAAAAAUAUUAAUCGUAUUUGGACUGGUUGUGAAGACUCGUAGGUAUUU